AUGUCUAUGCAAAUCACCCGUGACAACAAAUACGUCAUAAGGCUCCCUCAUCGCUGGUUGUAGUAGCGACUGGCAUGCUAGCGUAUUUUGCUUUCAUAUGUUCACGAUGUGUGGUUUGUGUGGAUAAUUCGCAAAUGGAUUGUUUAUUUCAUGAACUGGAUAUGUAAUAUGGUGGACCGUGUUGCAAGCAUUAGUUUCUGAAUAGUGGUAUCCCGCAAGAAUCUAGUUCACGAGGUGUGCUUUGGUUUCUCCCGAGGUGAAAGCGAGGGCUCAAGAUGGAUGCAACAGACAUAGAUCUUGAUUUAGACCCAAAUUUUGAACCUCAAACCAGGGCUCGAUCAAAUACUUGGCCGUUACGUCCUUCAAGGGAUUUAGAUCCUCAAAGUAGCCCCGUGCCCUCUGAAGAGGCACCGAAUGGAGUAGACCAGCAAGGUAGUGUGAAAGAUCCUCUUGGAUUAACUGCCAAGAAAAGUGGAUCACGCCGAAAUGCAUGGGGAAACUUAUCGUAUGCUGAUCUUAUAACGAAAGCGAUUCAAAAUUCUCCCGAGAAGCGACUGACUCUGUCUCAGAUUUACGACUGGAUGGUGCAAAAUGUACCGUAUUUCAAGGAUAAAGGAGACAGCACAAGUUCUGCAGGGUGGAAGAAUUCAAUCCGUCACAACCUUUCUCUACAUAGUCGCUUUAUGCGCAUUCAGAAUGAGGGAACAGGGAAAAGCUCUUGGUGGGUCCUCAAUCCAGACGCCAAACCUGGACGCACUCCUAGGAGGAGGGCGGGGAGUAUGGAGACCAAAAGCUACGAAAAGAAAAGAGGACGGGUAAGGAAGAAGGUGGAAGCGCUUCGUGCCAUGGAAAAUGGCACUUUGUCUCCAGGUGGAAGUGAGGACUAUCUGGACAUGAGUUUUGGUGACUUCCGACCCAGAGCUAGCUCUAAUGCCAGUAGUUGUGGUCGUCUGUCACCAAUACACGCAGUGGCUGAGCCAGAUCUCCAUGACAACCAGGUCCCUCCCAUGUCUCCCAUCCCGUGGGGUGCGGAGGUGAGCAAUUCUCCGACACUCUACCCAGCUGACGGCUACUCAGAUCUAGUGGACUCCUUGGUGGACGGCAUGAAACUUUCCACUCAAGACAAUUCCAUCAAGAUGGAGGUGGUCUCAGGUAUGAGAGACCCUUACUUAUCGGGAGCCUCAAGAGAAUUCAACAAUCAACCUUCCACGUUCAUGAGCGUGGAGCGUCAAGGCCUAGACAACCAAUACUCUCAUCUGCCAGCACCACCACCCUACCCAAAGCAGCAGCAGCAGGCACAACCUCAGUUGAACAGCCUGGAGUUCCCCCGGCAGAACUUCAGUCCGGGACUGCGGCUACAAUGUAGGCCUAGCCCGGCCAACAACGCCUCAGGCACGUUCUCUCAGUCGGACAUGUACAAUGACUCUGUUCAAGACUUCAAUGAGGGUGUCCUCAUCAAACAGGAGCCUGAUGGAUUAUCGCCCGUCGGCAUGGGCCCUGGUAACACCCUUUCCAUAAAUACGCAGCAGCAGCAGCAACAGCUCAGCUCUCCGGACCGAUCUCAGCAAGGUAGCCCAAGUUCUGGUGUCUUUGCCCACCUCAGCCCACAGCCCACAAUGGUCAAUGGACAGCCAGCGCUAUCGCCCCUCACCUGCCAGGUGUCCCCUCAGCCACCUAACAGACUCAUGUCCCCCCAACAGCAACAGCCCAUCACAACGGCCUCGCUUCAGCAACAGCAAGCUCUGCUCCAAGCCACACAAGCCUCUAUACUGCGGGAGGCUCUCACCCGCGGCCCGCCGGCCUACCGGUCACACACGGCCUCCACCCCGUCUCCCACUUUCUCGCCUGUGGCCAACAUGUCCCCGCUGGCGGCCCCCUCCAGCAAUGUGAACAGCGGCAUGCUGGGCCUCAGCCCACACCACCAGCUGCGGAGUAUCAGCGAGAACUACGCCGAGGGCCCACAACACAUGGUGAACGGUUCAAGUCCUGGUGGUGAUGGUGGCGGCAUGAUGGCAAACAAUAAUAACAACAACAAUAAUAACAACGGAGUUCCCUUAGACAUUGAUAUUGAUCUUAUAGCAGGGUUGGAUUAUGAUAUGGAUCAGGUUAUAAAACAAGAGUUGUCUCUUGAAGGGAACUUGGACUUUAAUUUUGACUCAGCCCCCACCUCAGUAGGACAAAAUGUAGUACACUGAGGGAAUUAUUAGUAAAGAAAAUAUAACGGCUGAACGCUAUCUUAUAUAGUGUUUCAUCAUCACCUCACUGCAUCGACGCCUUCAACAGAGUUGUUGAGUACUAGUAUGUCAGUGGUCUUCUGUAUUAGACCAUAUGCGGUACUUUCCUCACCUUGUGAGUUUUGUAGGAAUCUUUGCUCGUCAGGGAUGGUGGUGGCCACAUCGCCAGACGGUGAGAUGGUUGUUGAUGUAUGUGACCUUAGGUGAUGAGGUUGAUUAAGGCUUCAAGCGUUUGCUAGGCCGGGUGAUGAUUAAUGUGGUUGUUACUGCUUUGGAAACGUUUGUUCAUUGGUAUGGAUUUUCAGAGCUCUCGUUUUCCUUUGUUUUGCCUUAUAAGAAGAGGCUCCACCACAUUCUACUUUCAGCAGUACAGCUUCAGGUGGUGUAAGUUUAUUUGUAGUUUCAAAAGGUUUUGUUGAGGGCGAGAAUGUUGUUGGAACACAUCGUCUGCCUUUCAGGUUUUUUCCCCGUUGGGCGGUUGGCUUUGGAGGAUUCAUGCAGGCUACCAUUUGUCAUCCAUAGUAAUGACUUGACUAAAGUCGUCAAAACUGUGAGUUGCCUAGAUGUAUUCCAUAAGCCUGUGGCCCUGUUAUAUUGAGUAAGGUCCAUCUUAGUUUCCAGUUCUAGGGUGUGUGGCGGCUUUUAUGCCCCAGAUUGAACAUUAAGUGUCCGAGUUUCUAAACCGUUUUUUUUUUUUUUAACUUUCACUACAUCUAAUAUGCUGACAUGGUGUCACAAAACUGCAGAGGAACUAUGAUGCCAUCCAUAUAUGUAGUCACAGUGAGUCACUCUGCUUAUGUGGCUGAAAUAGUGAUGGCGAUUUCGUGUUUACCCUAGUUCUGUGUUCACUUUCUCAGAUUCUUACUCAAAAUUAUGUAAAAUAUUGUAUAAAACUUGACCUCAGACUGAAUGGAGACCAUGAGAUAAGGCAAAUUGAUGUGGUGUUUAGCAAUUUAUGUCACUUUGGAUUAGUGGACAUAUUUGUCAGUUUUUCUACAGAUCUAGAGGAAAUAUCUUCUAGUUUUUAGUGCUUCUUAUCUCGAACUUUCUCAGGUAAAGAAUACUUAGUUUGUAAUGAUAUGAAGGAUCAACUUGCCAAGACUUAACAAAGCUCCACUGGUCAAGCUGUCUGAUAGAGGACUGUGUUGUUAAUGACAAGGAGCUAUGAACUGCCUCGUGGUUACUGUGCCAUAAAGUAUAGCGUUGUGCUGAAAUAGCAAUAGCUUUGUGUGCCAACUUCCCCUUGAGAAGUUGCACUUACUACUAUAACAGUGACAAGACAGUGAACUUUUCAAAUAUUGCUGUUUUCUUAUUUUAGAAAAACUGGUCAGAAAUGCCAUGUUGGAAAAGAGAAAGUAAAGUUUGAUUAUUUCAUCACCUCAUGAAUGCAGUAGCACUCAUAGUGGUUUACUUGGAUACCAGAGGGUCAACUAUGUCCAUGGAUCAUUCUUUCAAUUUUAUUCAAAGUCAUCGAGUUCGUCUCAGAUAUAAUAUAACAAUUGUGCAGCAGUGUUUCAAUGACCUCAGCUCUGGCAUCAUUCAGUGUGUCCAGCAGGAUGUAUUAUUCUUGUAAAAAAAGAGGACAUAGUGAUGAUAGUAGUGAAGUGAAGCACACAGCAACGGUCAGUACAGUCAACGGGUGAUUGGUCGUUGUCAUUUUCCUUCUCAAAGGUUCCUCAGUGUCAUAAGUUUCACAGAAAAUAAUGAUGGGCAUAGUUGUGAUCCCCAUGUCAUGUAGAGAACUGAAGCAACAUUUUGUGGUUUUAUAUUUUUUGUAGUGAACCUCCUUACAUGAUCUAUUGCUUCCUUUUCUAGAACCUGGUGUGAGGCCUUGUUGCAACUUUUGUACCACAUCAUGCUUGCCUGCUAGCCCAAGUCUGUAUUUUGCUUGGUUUUUCUGGAUGUGUUUGAUGGAUAGGUGGAACUGAGCGCCCUGCUUUUUAAGUCACCACUUUCUGCUAAAGCUCCCAUCCCGGUUCAAUUGAAGCUUGUGCUGUGCAGUAUGAUACUGUGAGAGCCAUAUGUAUGAUCAGUGUCUUUUUAAACUGUACAUCAUCUAACUAAUGUCUGCUUAGGCUGGAACUGAACUUCGUUCUAUCACUCGAGGUCUCGAUAUUUUACUGUCAUUGAUUUUGAAGUGGUGAGAACAAUUACAAUAUAACAUUUCUUUUAUGGGUGCUUCUUGGGUUUCCUUUUUUUAGAAAAAAAAGCAUAUUAAUUUAUGAACCUGAAAAACUUGCAUAAUUAUAACAAAGAUGGAGCCCCAGAGAUUCUGUAGUGUAUUUUCUGCUGUAAACAAAUUCAGCAGUUCUUCUCACUUUUAUAAAAUACUAUACUUUGUUUAAAGUAGAUCAGACAAAGUCAUGUGGUUUGCAUCUGUGAUGAUUACAGGGAGUUAAAAAUUAAAAAUUUAAGCAUGAAGUGCAAGCUGUUGUCAAUUGUAACUGCAUCAACUUUUGUUUUAACGAGCUUCUGGAAAGUUGAUUUUGCUUUCUAAGAUAAUUUGUUUUACGGGGUAAAUAUUGCUGUAAUUGUAAAAAUUGCUGCUGGUUUGUUGUUGGUCUCUUUUAAUUUGUUUGAAGAUUUGUAGUAGUUGGCAUUUAUGAUGUGUAGCACGCAUGUGUGUGUGUGUGAAGAAUGGGCAAGUGUAAAGUACAACCCUUGUGCAUUUAUAAGCAAUUGUAAAUAUUGUUUACAAUAAACAUUGGUCAGUGAACUUCAUACUGGAGAAAGUUUUAUGUGCUGAAAAAAUUUUACUGAUCAAAUUGCUGAAGGAGGGCACUCAGUCUGAUUGUAUUGACAAUGCUGUUAUGACGAUAAUGUUUUACUAUUUUACUUGGAUGUUCUAACAAGUAAGAUUAAGAAGCUCGAUGUGAAUUUGAUCAUGAUCACUACAUGACCCGGUUGUUGCUCACUUCUGUUGUUCUCACUCUCUACAUUUCCAUGUCUUGGAUCAUCUGGUAUCUCUUGCUGGUUUCACCAUAUUUGUUAUUUAUUUUCUCUUCAGUUUCAUGUGUCAAUUUUUGUGUGGGGAGGGGGGGUAUGGUUUGUCUAUGUUGGUGACUAUAUAUUAUGGUGUGGGAGGGGCGUAUGCUGCUGUUAUCUUUUUGACUAAAUGUGUAGUGGGGAAGGGCAGCCUUGGGAAAAAAAAGGGUGAAAUACGCAUGUGUGCGCAUGAGUGUUGAGUCAAAGAAUGUUACCGAUUGUUUAUAUACAGUUUGUAUAAGGCUAGGCCUCCUGCACUGCUGUUGACUGAUCGAUUUUAAAUUCUUCCAUUCUUUCCUACAUAUUGGACAUGAGCCAGGCAAAAAAUAAGCAAAAUUCAAUUCAAGAAAAGGAAGUCAAUGAGUGUAUUUUCACUGCAAACUACAAAUUCAUCUCUAGAGUUUGGUUGUGACGUUGCAUGCUACAUGUUGUGCAUGUGGCCAGUAUCCUUUAUCUGUGUCGUAGGCUUGCACAGCAUAUAAAAGAGAUAAUAGUACUUUGAUUAGCAGAAUAGUCAGACUGAACUUACAGGGAUGGUACGUGGGUAUGGCUGUGGUUUGUUGACCUAAUUGCCCCCAAAAUUGCAUAAUUCUGUCUCGAGUCGGUAGAAUAUCUUUUUUCUCCAAGUUGUCUUGCUCGAGAGAAUCUUCCUUCUGGUUAAAGACAUUCUAAGUACAUGCUGCAAAGUAGAACUUGUUACAUGUUAGCUAAUGAAACGUGAAGAAAAUUGGAAGUUUGUACUAUUCCUGUUUUGUCUGAGCAUUUAAUAAUGUCUGAGUAGGCUGAUUGAGAAGAGCUGAUCUCUUGGGGGUUUUUAAGGACCGUGUACAAUGAUUGUAAAUGUGGUAUUCCCCCAUCAAGACUAUUUCAGAGUAUUUAGGAAGGUGUAGGCUGCUUGACCCACCCUGUCAGUGCUAACGGGAGCUGUUUUAAAGGAUACAUCCCAGACAAAUAAUGAAGCUGACAAAGAUUUCCUCAAUUGACUCACACCAUCUACAUGAAAGCCGUAAAGUCCUAUUUUACUAGUACACUUCAGGGCUAGUGUGAUUGCUUAUUGGUUUGGUUGUUUUUUUUCCGAAGCAUAAUUAGUAGAUUCCGGUUGAAAUAAGUGAGAAAGCAUAAUGAUUAGUACUAUAUCUCUAUCAGGGACACAUUUAUUAUAAUGAAAGAAAGUUUACCUUGUUUGAAGUUAUUACUUCCUUCAUCUUCAUGGUUUUUUCUCUUGUAGUGAAAGGCAAGGCUUUAUGGGGGCAUUUUGAUAUAUUUUUAUAUAUUCCUGUUUGUUUAUUUCUUCUGUUAAUCAUAUCCAGUUCAUUUUAAAUAUUUUUGAAAGAGUACUGUUUGCAAAGUCGGACUACUUUAUCAAUUUUUGAAAUGAAAACCUGUUUUGGUCUGCUUGUCUCUUUGUAAUAAGAGUAAUUGUAGAAGAAAAAUUCUCCAGGGAGGAUGUUGAUUGUGAGACUGAAGCAGUUUUAGCCUGCUGUUGUCAAAACAGUGUGUUCAGUGAUUCACGUGAGUGUAUACUUGAUGGCAUAACGGUACAAAAUUUAGUUUCAUGACUAAGUUUAGAUUAUUCCAUCCUUUGAUGGUUCAGAGGUUUAGAGAUUUUAUCGUGGAGCCUGAUCAGUGCAGCGUUUGUAUUUACUGACAACAAUAUUGUUCGAUUGUUACAUAACUUAAAAGGGGGGGGGGUGGAGAAAAGAUAGAGUCCUCUAAUUGUAUAAAAGUAACAAUUAAAUUAAUUCAUCUGCAGUAAUAUUAAAGCCUUAUAUGUCCUUUGAAGGAGGAAAGAUGAGGUAGGGUUUUUUUUUUUACCCCUGGGAACUUUAUUUUUAAUUGAUAAGGUUUUGUUUUACCACACAAGUGGGAACCCCUGUUUUCUUUAAAGAUAAAAUCAGGAUGGUUAUAAAUAGAUUAAUGAAAAAGUUUCUACUAGCAAUCUAAGUAGGAGUUACUUCAUUUAUGAAAACAUUUCCAAUUUAAAUCAAAGGGAAGUCAAAUGUAUGGUGGUUUGUUAUUAUAGUAGUAUGUUAUCAUUAGAGUAUGCUUUUUGGUCUCUUUAGUAUUUUCUUUAUCCAAAAGAUUGUUUUGAAAGUUAUUUUUCCGUUUUCUCGCACACAUGCUGCUGUUCCUCAGUAUUGUGUUAUUGACUUGAUUGAGUGUGGUUUUAUAGGAUUGAAAGAAUUUACUCUUACUGGAUAUUUAAGUUUUCAAUUAAGUCUCAGCUCCAUAACAUCUGUGGCCUAAUCAGGAAAUCAUUUUCAUUGAAUUGAUGAGUCUGUUAUGAGUGCGUAUUUGUUAACACUAUGGCUGGAACCAUUCAUCAUAGUGUGUCUAGGAUUCAACAACUGCGGAGGUUUUUGUUUUCGUUUUUUUUCCAUUUUAUGGGCUGUUGUAAGCCCCGCCCUGUCGUUUUGCAUUUUGAUAAUAUAAUACAUGAUGUGAUUGCUUUCAAAAUGUUUGAUGGAUGAUGACCUUGCAUUUUUAUUUUCCCCCUUAAAGUUACUUUAUUAAUAGAAUUGUGUGGUUGUGCACAAAUGCAUUACUGUAUCAUGUUGUACAAAUAGUCUUUUUGUGUAUUACUUCUGUGGUUAUUGGAACCGGUGCAUUCAGUGCAUUUUUGUUUGAAAAAUGCUGUGCUUUGUACAUUCAUGUAGUCUCCAUAAGUACGUACAUAUUGUGUUCAUCAAGAGUCUGUCAUGUGGAAAACGCUUCCAUCAGCUCAUUUUGCUUCAAUGGUUGUUUUGUCUUUUGAGUUUGGUUGUUUAAAGUCAUCCCCCACCAAUGAAUGUCACCAUGGACAACAUUUGCUCCCUCUGUCAUGUGCCGUGUCUUGAGGAAGUUGCUUUACAAGCAGGACCACAGCUGUGCUUACAAAUAAUGCAGGAAUCUGUACAUAUUGCUUCAAAGACGUUUGCUUCUCCUCACUCUGGACAGAAAUGACAGUCUUGCGAAUUGCUGACAUGUAUUAUAAAUAAAAACAGUCUGAAUGAUGAGUAAGCUCUGUAAAAAGUUUUGUUGUUGUUGUUGUUGUUCACUUCAGGUUUUUACUGUGUUUCUAAAUGCCAGUUCACGGGUGAUACAGGGGAAAGAUGAUGAAGCCUGAGGAUGCUGUUUUCUGUUUUCAUGGCUUUCAGUUUUUAUCAAAUGUAAAAAAAAUGUGUAAUACUGACCGUCACCAGUUGUUUGUGGCAUUUCUUCAUUGUUGUUGCCACCCACAAAGUGUCUUCUCAACACUUCAUACUGGACUAUAUAGGGCUUGUGAUAUGUAUCAUAGAUGAAUUCUAAUGGAAGGCUUUGCUCAUCUCUUUGUUCUCAUAUUCUCAAUUAUUUCCUGAGUUGCGGAAGGCAGAAAUCAAAUAGUUCUUUUUGAAAAGUUUGUUUUAGCCCAAGUUGCUCUCUCUUCUUUUAUUUGUCGACUUUCCAGUUCACUCAAGAGCGGUAAUGUGCCUGGCAUUCCAUCUACUUAUUUUUAAUUUUUUUUUUUUUUUUUUCAGAAAUAAGGGAUUGUGAAUUUGUCCGAAAAAGCAGAGGAAGUUAAGAGCCGCACUCUAAAAUUAUUAAAAUAGCUUGUUUGCUGAAAAGCUAUUGGACUGCUCAGUGUAAGAUUCCUGUCAUACGUCAGUGUUCAAUAUAAUGGCUUAUGGUUGAGUCUUACACUAAGCAGUCAAAAUUAUGUUGUUUCUGAUCACAUUUCAAAUUUCAUUACAUGUAAGUCUCACUUAAUAUAAAGCAAAUCAGUUUUUUAUAACUUAAGUGUUUGUUGGGGUUUUUUUUAUAUUGGGAAAAAAUAUAGGGGGGUGCUGUUUUAGCCUAUUUUCUUUAACUAGGCAAAAUUGUAUUGUUUUCAGGGUUAUGGAGAUUACUCUGUACAUUUGAUUUCGUUCUGUCUGUAGAAAUUUUUACCUUGGAUCAACAGUCUGACAGUGACAUCGGAUAUACUUAUCCACACCCUCAGUUUGUGUGUACCUGAAAUGUUUUCUUUCUUUUGUAAACCUAAUUGUCUUUCUUUCUAUUGCUAAGUUUCCUACAUUUCUUGUCCAAAAUAUUGAUCGCAUAGUUUUUGGGGUUUCAGAGUUGAACUGUCAGGGCAUUUCUGCAUUGAACCUCAUUGUAGAAAUCAGUUCUCUUUUAAUUAUCUUGCUAACAUUCUCCAACUCUCCAGAACUUUCUGUGUGGCACAGUAAAAAGUAGCACGGUAGUUGAGACUUUGGGGGGGGGGGGGGGGGGGGGGGAAUGGAUAAAUGGUCAAAUGGAAAGAGUAAGUAGAAUGGAGAAGUAAAGUUUUGAUACAUUCGUUGAGUUGUCCAGGGUUUUAGAUGCUUUAUUUUCUUUUUCAUUUUUCUAGCUUCCAAGAGUGAGUGUCAGAACUAGUUGUUACUGCACUAGAUCUGCACUAUUUCACUUUGGCUCUCUCUGAAUUGAUUGAGCCAGCAGCAGGUUCACUGUGCCUUGUUCAGUGUCUCUAUCAACACCAUUUGUCAGAUAACCACAGACAUUUGAGAAGAAAAAAAAGAUUUUAAGCGACCUUGAUUUGACCUCCAGACAUUGACAACACUAAUGAGACACUGUCGCUCAUAUCACAACACAGCACCCACCCUGAUGGUGUGAAAAUCCACAGUGUUUCUGUCAGCAUGUUAUGUGAUGUCCUUUGACUAGAUGCUGUUGCCUUCUUUAUUUAAAAACAAGUUUAUCUGCUGGAGGUUUUUUUUUUCCAAUGCAGUCUUAAUCGUCGUCAUUGUUUCCUCCUUCCCCCAAUCUGUGUUCCUGAACUGUUUGUAGCUUAGAUAUGUCUCCUGGCCAGCUCUGACUGAUUAGAUUGCACAAAUAUAUGCCCUGAUAAAAUGCGUUCAGUGUACUUCACAUCACUUUAAAAGUGCGAGGGUCCAUUAGUUAGUUAAUGGAGGGUUGGAGGGUACCACUAUUAGGUCUAACCUCUUUGCUUUUUAAAACUUCUCAACUUUUCUUUGUGUGUGUCUGUCUUAUUCUUUCCGUACGCUAAGUGACCAUCAGUGUGUUGAUGUGCUGCUGUUUACUCAUAAUCAUCACUUAAAAAGUGAAAGGGUCCAUUAGCUGCUGUGUAUGUAGGUUUUUAAAAAAUUCUUGUUCUUCUUGUAUGUUCCCCCCCUCCUAGAUCUCAGGAAUCUUUGACGUUAACAUUUUAUUGGUGCACAUUGUUUUAUUAUUCAGAAUGAAGAGAAAUCUUUGGUGUUUGUCUAGAAGUUUCCUAAAUGCUAGAAUGGCUAGAUGUAGGGAAUAAAACUUAUUUCAACUAGAUUAUUAGUUUGGGAGUCAGGCUUGUAGUACUUGUAGUCAUUACUGAGCUAAGCUGUGGUUGCACUGUCACUCCAAGUUUUGAUGCAGUAAUGCCUCUGGAAUUCUCAGUGUUGGUUUCAAUUGUCUCAGUUUGGCUUUCUGAAUUGGAUACCACCCAACAUACAGUGUGAGUAUAUCGUUUAAUUAUGACCUCGUGUUCAUCCAUUUUAUCCAAUGAUUUUCAUUAAAUUAAAUGAUAAAGUCUGCAAGGACUGGCAUCUAUGGAGUAAUGGUUAGGCUGUCUGCUGUCCCACAUGUGAUGAUGGUUUGCCUUUUGGAAUUCUGUUUUCCUCUCUUUUAGUGUCAAAGCAGUCCGCCUCUUUAAAUAACCUUAAUUGUGUCAGUGAGAAUACAACAGAUAAAAUCAGUAGCAUGAAAAGUGUCCAACCCCAUUUGGACUUACUGGAAGAAAAAAGUGGAUUUCUGGGUGUUAUGAAGACAGAGGAAGGGGGGGGGGGGUUGUAAUUUUUAUUUGAGGCAUCUUGCACUUCAAACAGAGGAGAAAAUUUUGGCUAUAACGAGGAUUAGUUUUCAAUGGUUUUAAUUUUGUCUUUGUUUAAUUACUGAUAGAGAGCAGUUGCGAGCGCCGUAAAACCUCUGCUAAAUAAAAAUAAUACUAAUUGAGAAGAUUGUUGGUUCUAAGUUGUGUCUUUCUUUGCUUUCUGCCUAUGUGGAAGUGGUUACUUCUGGUUUGGAUCUUAUUUCACAUCACCUGUUCAGAUAUGUUGCCUUUGCCACUCACAUAGACAUGAAAGGAGACUAGCGCCCUCAUUUUCUUUUAACUUUGUUCUUCUUAAACUUUCCCUCUUUUGCUUGUCUUUCUGUCUUUUUUCCUAACACUAAAUGACUAUCCUUCUUCCCUCGCUUCAUUGCCCCUGUGUGAGGUCAUUGGUGCCAUACACACUCCUGACUUUAUCAUUUCAACCACAAGAACUAAACGCGGGUAUAUAGUGCCAAUGGUUGGACUUCCUUCUUUACUCUCCAUCCUUCUGUUAUUUUUUGCUUGUUGACGUUGACUCCUAUCCUUCCCCCCUACACUACAUUGUUGUGUAAUAGUGUUGCUGUGCUUUUCUUUUUAUUCGGACCUAACAAUAACCUGAAGGGGAUCAGGGACUGACUUGUUAAUGAUGGCAUCAGCACUUGUGUUCAUCUCUUGGCAUAUCAUUCAGUUUUUGUAUCAGAGUCAUGUUCUUUAUGCUAAAUUAUCUGCAGAUUUAUUUGUGACACGUUUUUGUUUGUCGUUUUUGUUUUCCUUAGCAAGUUGUUUGUUUCUGUGCUGCAAUGUGUCUAUCAUGUGUGUGUGUGUUUUUGUGGUGUAAGAAUAUCGAUGGUGUCGGGCACAGUUGGGCCAUCUCCCUAGGAGCCUAAUUUUACUGGAAAGGCGAGAGAAGCUAUGAAAUUAAAACUGUCGAAGACCGUUUUAACUCAAAAUGUCAUUUGGAUGUUUCAUGAUUUCUUAUUCUAUUUGAAUUUUUACACCAUUUAUUUGAGAUGAUGUAAUUGACCCUACUUUACAGCUUGGUAAAAAGAUCAGGUUUGGGAAAAGUGUGGAGAUUUCCUAUUGGGGGCCGUCACCAUGGAUGUGUUGUGGUUGUAACUUGAAAAUGUUGAAAUGAUAUGUCAGUGUGGAGGUCUCUCAGGUAACUGCUCUCUCAUCAAAUCUUUCUCAUGGCUGGUCUGUGUCACAGAGAUUGUGUUCUAUCAUCACAAGGUGGCUUUUCACAUAAUGUCAAGUACAAAGAAAUAAUUCAUAUUACAACAUUUCUGUCCUUCCAUUUCUCAGCUUACAAUGGGCUACUGUCUAGAUUUGUAUGUCUGUAUGAGAAAAGAAUAUGGUACCCUUGUGGUUUGGUCUACUCUUUUUCUGCUGUGCUGUAUGUUGUUAGGUUUGAUGAUAAGUCGUGCAUUUUUUUUUCCACACACAUAUUUGUCAGCAUUGUUGUAUGGCCACAGGACAAGAAAUGUACGUGUACCCUGAUGUUUAAACAAAACCUUUUUUUAAAAAUUCUUUCUUCGCUCAAGACUGGAGCUCCUCCAGUAGUAGUAAGCUUUACAGUAAGUGUUGCAAUGAGACAAAAUGGGUCACAUGUCGCUUUAAACCGAUUCAAGAUAUUGGACACAAAAAUUGAUUUUCUCAAAGCUGUGUUUCUGAUGACACACAUCUUGUCUCGCGCGCCCUCCCCCCCCCCCCCCCCCCCCCCCGGAAAAAAAUGGCUAUGGUUCUACAACCAAAGCAGCUGGAUUUAUGUUGUUUUCACCCACUUUUAAGGCUUGGACAUAUCUUCACUUUGAUACUGCCUAUAGUGUUAUAUUGCCAAAAUGUGACAUGUGUGACUUAUUUUAUCUUAUUGCUACACACAAUAUUAAGAUUGUAGUGUGGAGCGGUCUCUGUGCUGAACUGCCUGGCUUUGUCUCAUCAUUGGCUACCUCACACCCAGAUUUCUCUCUCCUAAUCUUCUUGAGUGCCUUCAGAAAAGACAAAUCGCCAACAACUGGGUUGGGUUGUGUGGGUUUUUCGCCCCCCCGUUUCCCAGAAGUCAUCGUCGUUGUCGUUGCUGCAUCUCUCUCAUCUUUGUGUUGUCGUAAAAACAAACGUGUGAUUUGUCAUCAUCAGUGUGUGUCAUAAUUUUAAUUAUUUUUCUUCUUAAUUAUUGUUCUGGAUUGUUGGGGGGUUUUUCUUGACAAAUACUUUAAUGAUAGCACUAUUCUCCUCUUCCUCCUCCAUUCUUCUUGACAUUUAAGCAUACAAAACGUCAAAACUUACACCAAUAAUCCUCCUCCUCCUCCUCCUUUGUCCUCCAAAUGGCUAGGGGGGCGCCACUGACCUGUUCAGAUUUUUCUAGUCUUUCCCUCUGUUAUUUCUGACUGUCAGCCUGACCGUCUUCUUCUGUCCUGGCACUCGCACUAAAUGACCACUAUUGUGUCGAUGUGCUUUUCUUUACUCUUUACUCUAACACAAACAACAUGAAAAUCCUCCUCACAGUCCCUAGUUUGUCCUGUAGAUUGGCUUUUCUUGCUCUUUGCUAAGACUAAGACGCAAUACAAAGGCCUUGGUUAAAUUGGCUUUUUCUGCUCUUUGCUAAGACUAAGACACAAUACAAAGGCUUUGGUUCAUCUUGGCCCUGGAGUUGUUCUCAUCCUUAUCAGAAACGCCACACUGGUUGGGUUUCUCCACCCCCCACCCCCUCCUCCAUCCUCCCUUUUCAAUCAUCAUCACAUCCUAUUUUUAGAAAAAUAUUUUUGUUUUGUUUAUUUGUUUUUCUUCAUCUUUAUGUUUUCUUCAUUUGAUUGUUUCAAUUCCUGUGUUGCAUUGGACAUGAUUAUUCAUUACUCGCUAUUAAACAUAAUACAACAAAGUGA